GGACUUGUUCGGUGUUGAUGCUUAAAACUCUUAGUAGUUGCUAGAGUAAUUAGUGACAUAUAUAGAUUGGGGAACAUAAACAUAUUACAAAUAUAUGUGACUAGUAGAAAGUUGAGGGGGAGAGAAAGAGAAAGAGAAGGAUGAUGGGGCCGUUGUCGUGUACCUAAAUUCAAAGGGGCUUCAUCUCUCUCUACUAGUAAGUAUUCUCUUGAACGACAGGAUCCGGGUCUGCCGCUCCCCAUUGCUUAGCCUCUCUACCACAACAUCAUAUCCCCUCUCUUCGCCUCUCUUCUCUUUUUAUCCAAUCCGAAGAUUAGCUUCGGUUGAUGGAAAUGGAAGACCAUCAGUAUGGCAUAGCGGAUCUAAGGCACUUCAUGAACGCCCGCCCCGCCACCUCCACCUCCGUCGGCUCCAAUCUGUUCAAUCAACCGACAGCCGAGCUCAUGAAUAACCCGGUUCAUCAUCAUCAUCGUCAGCAUCAGCAUCAGCUUCAUCACAGCACCGAUCAGCUAGCCGCGCAGCAGCACUUGGAGAUGCUUAUCUCUACGCGUCACCAGCUCAACUCUUCUUCGGACCAAAUGAGUCCAUUGCCGACUCCUCGCUCUUCGGCCUUUCUUCAUCAUCAUCACCAGCAUCAUCCGCAACAGCAGCAUCAGCUGUUUCGGUCUGAUUCCACGGCUACUGCCGGGACUUCAGCAGCGACUCUGGAUAUGGACCUCCAGAUGAGCGGUGGAGGUGGAAAUGGAGACGGCGGUACCGGAAGGUGGCCUAGACAAGAGACGCUCACUCUUCUGGAGAUCAGAUCACGGCUUGAUCCUAAGUUCAAAGAAGCCAAUCAGAAAGGCCCUCUUUGGGAUGAAGUCUCUAGAAUAAUGAGCGUUGAUCAUGGGUACCAAAGAAGUGGAAAGAAAUGCAGAGAAAAAUUCGAGAAUUUGUACAAGUAUUACAAGAAGACUAAAGAAGGGAAAGCCGGGAGGCAGGAUGGUAAGCAUUAUAGAUUCUUUCGACAGCUUGAGGCUCUCUAUGGUGAAUCGUCGAGCAACAAUCCGACUACAUCGGUUCUGAACAAUGCACAUUUAAGUGGAGCUGGAGUUGCUGCGUUUCCGUAUGGGAGUUCUCAGGUUCCGAAUCAGGAAGUGUUUCAUCAGACUCCGAGGCAGAUGAUUGAUGAUAGCUUUACUCCGUCGAACUCCUCGGCUUUUGUUACUUCUUCGUCGGAUGAGUACUGCAGUGAUCUGAAUGCGGCCGCGUUGAAGAGAAAAGGUAAGAGGAGUUGGAAGGCGAAGAUAAAGGAUUUUAUUGAUGGACAGAUGAGGAAACUUAUGGAUAAGCAGGAGGUUUGGCUCGAGAAGAUGAUGAAGAGUAUCGAGCAUAAGGAGCAGGAGAGGAUGAUGCGCGAGGAGGAAUGGAGGAAACAGGAGGCAGCUAGGACCGAGAGAGAGCACAAAUUUUGGGAAAAGGAAAGAGCUUGGAUUGAAGCGCGGGAUGCUGGCCUAAUGGAAGCCUUGCACAAGCUAACCGGGACUAAAGACAUUAGGGCCCCGGUUAGGUCUUCAUCUCCUGAUCAAGGUGAUCAUGGGGAGCUUCUGUCAAUGAGGGCUGCUCAUCAUCAACAUCCGCUUCAAAACCCGAACGAUAAUGGGAGUGAGACGAUGAUGCCAAACAGCAGCGAGAGCUGGCCAGAAUGUGAGAUCACGAGACUGAUCCAACUGAGGAGUAGCAUGGAGCCGAUGUUUGUUCAGCAAAGCGGGACUUCAGAAGAGGAAGUGUUGUGGGAGGAGAUCGCAUCUAACAUGGCGUGCUUGGGAUAUGACAAUCGGAGUGCUGCAAUGUGCAAAGAGAAGUGGGAAAGCAUCAACAAUUAUCUAGCCAAAGCCAAGGAUCAAUCUAGCAAGAAACGCAAAGAGAACAACGUGACUCCCACAGUAAGCAGCAGCUGUUUUUACUUUCAGAACAACGAAUCGAUCUGCAAUAAUCAAGGCGGAGAAGGAGAGUACCGAGAAACCAAUGAUCUAGGAGGCGGAGGAGCCCUCGGAGGUCUUGAAUUGACGACAUCGCUACUGAUACAAAGUGGCCACCAUGAGAACGCCUCAAGGCCGCCUCCAGAUUCCAAUGUAGCCAGCAGCACAAUGCAAGGUAGCUCAUUUAGGUUUUUCAUGGGAGAUCAGACAGAUAACUUAUGGGAAAAUUAUGGAUUGAAGCCGAGUAAGGGCGAUAAUUAAUCACUAAUUAUCAUUAGUGAAUACUUAAUUAAUCUGUUUGGUGUACCUUGUUUUAAGUUGUGCUAGCUUCACGGAAGAGGAGUUCGAACUAGUACAUAAAGCUGGAGUAUGUUUUCAGGUAAUUAAAUCGUGAUGUGACCACGUAUUGAUUGCAUCAAAUAUCAGUUGUAAUAUGUAUGCAACUUAUUAAUUAAUCUCUUCAGUUUUUUUA